AUGUCUUUUCUCAGGUCUGUCUUGAAUGAAUCCGUAAUUAUUCGUCCCCCAGGCUUUUACAUCAUUGGAUUUACAACAUUUCCCCUCAUCAAUGUUUACUUCAUCUUCCUCUUGUUUGUUUAUGCUGUAACACUUAUCUUCAACAGUUUGGUGAUCUACAUUAUUGUCUUUAAUCGUUGUUUGCACACUCCAAAAUUUUUAGCAGUGGUCAACCUGGCAGCUGUUGACAUAAUCCUUAACACAUGCAUUAUUCCGAGCAUGAUAAAGCUCUUCCUGGCUAAGGACAACUUCAUUCCAUACGACUUGUGCUUGGUGCAGAUGUUUUUCUACUAUGCUUUUGGGACUUUGGAGUCAUAUGCUCUGGCUCUCCUUGCCUACGACAGGUUGAUUGCUAUUUGUUUCCCUCUGCGUCAUAACUCCAUCAACACCCUGCAGAGCAUGUCUUUGAUCUUAGUUGUGAUUUGGUCUUUUGGUCUGGGAGUGACUGUCUUUUCAAUAGGUAUAAUGACACGGCUGUCUUUUUGUAAAUCCGUCCAAGUGUUCAGCUAUUUCUGCGACUACGCGCCUGUGUUUCGACUUGCUUGUAAUGAUUUCUCACUGCAUUGGAUGGUGGCCUCUUUGCUCACCAUCCUGUUUCUCGUGGGACCCUUUACUUUUAUUAUUCUGACUUACAUCAGCAUCCUGGCGACCGUGUUCAGGAUGAAAUCUCUGGACAAUCGAGUGAAAGCUUUGGCCACUUGUGUUGAGCAUCUAAUUCUUGUUGCUGUAUUUUACAUUCCUCUCAUUACCAUUUUUACCAUUGGGUUUUAUCUGCGUCUCAUCAACUCUGACCAACGUGUCCUGAGUCUGUCGCUGGCUUCUUGUAUCCCACCAUGCGUCAAUCCUAUUGUGUAUUCUUUGAAAACCAAAGAGAUAAAAGUCAGAUUCCUGGCUCUGGUAAGAAAAAGAAAAGUUGGCUUGGAUCAUUGUCAAAGCAAACCUCGUGUGGUUAAAGUCACAUCACCAAAAUGCAGAUGCUAA